CACCGCACCAUGCAAACAAACAAGCCUCCAUGGCCUGGUCAAGCGGGAAAACAAAGAACGAGAGGCCCAGAAACCAGCAUCAUUUUCAACACAAGAGAUGAAUUCAAUGUCUACAAAUUCUCACACCCACAUCUUCUAAUUUUGGAUUUUAAGCAAAACACACAACCAAACCACUUCGCAGCUCCUCCUCUUUCACUCCCUCUCUCCACAGCCAGUCAUGAAAUUCCCAUCUCUGAACCAAACCUCUCCACUCCCAAAUAUCUCCUUCACUUGCAAUUCCUACUUCACUUUCUUGUGACAUCAAGCUUUCUUUUCAAAUAUUUAUUUUAGUUUUAUUUAAGCUAACAAAGAAAAAAAACGUGUCUUUGUUCUACAAACUCAUCCAAAAUUUCAUUUUUAUUUAUUGAUCUUUAUACUUUCUUGAUUUCUCUUGUGAUGCACAUAUUUCUUGAAACUAGAAAUGAAUCUGAUGCAAAUACUCUGUGGGAAAAUUAAGCAGUGCCCAUAACUCGGUUUUCAUUGUGCCAAUGAAAAGGUCAGCUCCUCCACUUUUUAGUAUUCUACUGCUCAUUAUAUUUUCUCUGACACUCAGUUCAAGGAUCCUAGUCCGACGUGGUGGUGGGUUUAGCUCCAUUGAGGUGAAGGAACCCAGUUUGAUUUUACGGGAAAAAGUUCCGGUUUUUAAUUCUACGCUGCUGAAAUACGCGGCUAUUGACGUAGGAGAAGCACAAGCCAAGAAUGAAAUAAAAGAGUUAUUAAAAGGGAACUUUGAUAGUCGAGGAGGGUAUAGGUUUAGUGUUAAAGCAAGAAAGUCUAAGGGUCUUUUAGCAAUGCGUAGGUCCCCUCAGUUUAAUAGGAAUUGGUUAGAUGUUAGGAGGGUUUUACAUGAUUGGUCGCGAAAGAAGAGGUAUCAGCCUGAAAUAAUGGAUGAAUUAAUAGGGCUUGUGAAGGGUCCUAUCGAUAGGCAUAAUGGAUUGGUGGUUUCGGAAAGGCGGUACGGUUCUUGUGCUGUAGUUGGGAAUAGUGGGAUUUUGAUGCAGAAAGAAUAUGGAGAGUUGGUUGAUGGUCAUGAGGUUGUAAUCCGAUUGAACAAUGCGAGGACGGAGAGAUAUGAGCGAAAUGUGGGGGUCAAAACUAAUAUUUCUUUUGUAAAUAGCAAUAUUUUGCAUCUUUGUGGAAGGAGGCAAGGUUGUUUUUGUCAUCCAUAUGGGGCUAAUGUCCCUAUGGUUAUGUAUAUUUGUCAACCAGCACAUUUCUUGGAUUAUACUGUUUGUAAUUCAUCUCACAACGCUCCUUUGAUUGUCACUGAUCCGCGCUUUGAUGUGCUGUGUGCGAGGAUUGUGAAAUAUUAUUCGCUGAAACGGUUUGUGGAGGAGACAAGGAAGUCAUUGGAUGAAUGGGGCUCUGUUCAUGAUGGUUCCAUGUUCCACUACUCAUCUGGUUUGCAAGCUGUAAUGCUUGCAGUGGGGAUUUGUGACGAAGUUGGUAUUUUUGGGUUUGGAAAAUCAGCUUCAGCUAGGCAUCAUUAUCAUAGUAAUCAAAAGGCUGAGCUUAAGUUACAUGAUUACGAGGCAGAGUAUGAUUUUUAUCACGAUUUGGUGAACAAUCCACAGGCAAUACCUUUCAUUACGGACACGUUUAAGUUUCCUACUGCUAUAGUUUAUCAAUGAUCUUUCAGACGCUGAAUCUUUUGUUUAUGCGGGAUUGAUUGAUUAGUUGUCAAGCUCAAAUUUCUGUAUUGUUGCUGGUUCUACGAGUUGGUUAUGAAAACACAGUAGUCGAAUAUUUCUGUCGCAUAUGCUGACCCUGUACUGUCUAAGAUAGUCUAGGGCAGUACUGGAAUCUAAGAAAAUGAUUUUAAGAUCUGUGGUCUCAUUUCUUUUAGUAUGAUUGAAAAUGCUCUUGUUGAGUU